AUGGAUCAUACGGCAUCCAACAUUGGGGAUAGUGGAGUAUACCCUCAACCAAUAGAAAGCAGAAGAAACGCCUGGGGGUCGACAAUUGCCGACCUCGGGAGGUCCACCCGAACUCAAUCAGAACAUUGGGAGAAGCCCAUCAAUAUCGACAGAUUCGAAUAUAUUUGCAAUUCCUCACUGGGAAACCGAUCGCGUUGGAAGUAUCUAGACAAAGCUUUGUACAUAAGGGUGUUUGGGUAUGCUACAUGGUCAUCAUCGAAUUAA